AUGGGUAUCCAAAGAAGAUUCCCUUCAGUAGAACAUCCCCAAACUAACGGGCAAGCGGAGUCGGCGAACAAGGUAAUUUUACGGGGAUUGAAGCGCCGGCUCUCGGAGGCAAAGGGAGCCUGGUUGGAUGAACUCCCAGUUGUAAUCUGGUCCUACAAUACAACGCAGCACUCAACCACUGGGGAAACUCCAAUCAGGAUGGCAUACAGGGCGGACGCCAUGUUGCCCGUAGAAAUAGACAACAGCUCGUGGCAAACAGCGCCGCGGUUUGAAGGCGAGAACUCUGCCAACAUGGCGGUAGAGUUAGAUUUGUUGUCAGAAACACACGACGAGGCUCGCAUCAGAAAUGCAGCAAUGAAACAGCGAGCUGCGGCAAAGUAUGUGUAA